AUGAGUUGGUUGAAAUGCCAUCCCCUGUCUUCCCUGGGCACUGCUUCAGAGGCCGAGUCGGAUAGUGAUGACAAAAUCAAUGAAUCUAGAGACUGCUCAGAUACCGAGUCCAUAUACAGCAACGAAAGAGCGUCUAAUGGUGGAUAUGGCACGGAUAAUACUCUUGCUGUUACUCGAGUAUUGGAACAGCAUGGUAUCCCUUGCUGUCUGGUUGGUAUAUCUGCCCUUGUUUUCUACGGCGCUGGCAGAGUUCAAACUGAUAUAAUAUACUAUCUCAUGUUGCAGGACUGGGAAAUUUGUGUUCCAACAGAGCUUGUGGACCAGGCAGCAGAGUUACUACAAUCAGAACCAUACACAACACAGUAUCGCCUAGUCAAACCAUGGCCCUAUUACAGUCCCUGCUCCCUUAUCCAUACAUACCACCGGUUUAAAAGCAGAGGGAUUAAUCAUUACUUCUUCAUUGUUCCUUCAAUUGACAUGCAUAUUGACUGUCACCCUUCCAACUUCACACGCAGCCCCAAAGGGUUACCGUAUCCCAAGCUGGAUGUCUUUAUUCAAAGCUGUUUAGACACCUGUGACAUAUUACAGCUUUGCGAUGUUAUUGACGGAAGCAAUGUUUCAGAAGAAUGGGGUGAGAAUAAUCUUAAUCUUAAGGGUACUAACGAUGUAGAAUGGGCCAAAGAAAAGAAUAAAAGAGGAAAAGAGUUUGGCGGCAAGUGGGCUGAUUCUGUAUUUGCCUGGGAAGGACCGAAAGAUAAACGGGAAAUGUGGCUGUCAUUAGUGCGUACCAAGGAAAACAGGUUGGACUGGACAAAACCUAAGGAUGUCUUUAUAACUCAAUAUCGUGUUAAAGGGUCGCCGGAUCCCUGGACAGAGCUAUCUGACAUGUCUUAA